ACGCCAUCACUUCUCCCGGGGCCGUCGUCGUCGUUGUGGUCUCUACACCGUCCACUCGCGCUCAUGUCGUAUACCACCCCUGCGGCCCUAACGCCUCAGCGGCCGGCGCCGCAACCCACAAACCUCGCCACGAACGGUUAUAACUCCGCCUUCUCCUUCAACUCGAGCUCCCCAAGCAGCUCGUCCUAUUCGACGACGUACUCUGGGAUCGGCGGGUCUCCAUCGUCCCCGAAUGGCAACAACAUCGGUGGCGUAGUGAGACAAGGGCCUGUCACCGUCAAGGAGGAGGGUGGCCUGACCAGCUGGAUCUGGAAAGUCAAGUGGCUGAUUCUUAAAGAUGCAGCCCUUACUUUCCAUAAGUCUGAGACCUCGGGCCAACAAUCUGCGAUCCUGCUUCGCGAUAUCUCCAACAUCGAGCGGGUUGACCUCAAGCCAUAUUGUCUCCUCAUCGAGACUCAAGACCGCAAACAACGCAUCUUCCUCUCGCUCAAGAACGACGAGGAGCUUUAUGGCUGGCAAGACGAUGUCUAUUCUCGCUCUCCUCUAAUGGGAGUCAGCAACCCAACCAACUUCGUCCACAAGAUCCAUGUGGGCUUUGAUCCUGUUAGUGGAGCUUUCACGGGCAUGCCUGAACAAUGGACGAAGCUGCUCACCAAAUCCGCGAUUACACGAGAGGAUUACGCAAAGGAUCCUCAAGCUGUCUUGGACGUUCUUGAGUUCUACACGGAUCACCAGAAACGGGAGAUGGAGCGGGAACAGGAAAUGUUGGUCGAUACGGGUGCGCCUCCCCGGUUCAACGCGGGCACUGGUCUGGGCGGGAUGAGUAAAGCGGGAUCAGGUUCAACCAUGAGCUCGUCAACCUCUUCCCUCACCGACCGUCCCGGCAUUAAGCGGCAAGAGUCGGCCCCUCCAGGGCUCGACGGCGCGAUCAGUUCAGCAACAUCCAACUCCUCAUUCUCUCCACCCCGGACAACGCCCAACCAGCAACAGCCUGCUCUGCAGUCGGCUCGGCCCGCGCCACCGCGACCACUGCUGACAGGAACUCGCCCUGCCCCCUCCGCUCCCUCUCUACCCAACGGGGGCCCCGCCUCCGGCAAGAUUAGUGGGGGUGAUCUACCGUCUUCAGCCGAUCUCCGUUUGCGGCAGAAGGCAGUUGGACCACCGGGCGCCGGUCUACCUCUUCGGAAGGAUUCGUUGCAAACGUCGAACCAGCAGCAACAGAGGCAAGAGCAACGGGCCGAAGCUGCCAAACGCGAACGCGAACGAGAGAAGGAGCGAGAGCGGGAAGCACAGCGAGAGCGGGAGCAACAAGUUAGGGAGGACGAGCACGGUGCAGAACGACCACCGCUUGGGCCGCCGAGCAAAACGGCGCCUGUGCUCAAUGCGCCGUCGACAACUGCCGCUGGCGCUGUCGCUGGGCCGCCCCCAGUUAAGCCGCUGCAGCCUGCGAAGAAGAUCCAGUUCGAGAAAGCCGAGCCACCUGCAACUCAAGGAGUUGCAGCCGCCGCCGCCGCUCUAGAAAAGAAAGGCGGAGACAUGAAGGAGAAGCGCAUCAGCACGAUGACAGAAGUUCAGAUCAUGGAGAAACUGAGGCAGGUUGUUUCAGAUGAUGACCCCAAAGCGAUAUACAGCAAGAUCAAGAAGGUUGGGCAGGGUGCAUCGGGUCAUGUCUACGUAGCCAAAACUCUGGCGACUGGCAAGAAAGUGGCGAUCAAAGAGAUGGAUCUUUCACAUCAGCCACGGAAGGAGUUGAUCGUGAAUGAGAUCCUCGUGAUGAAAGAGUCGCAGCAUCCGAACAUCGUCAACUUCCUCGAGAGUUAUCUGGUCAAGAGCAACGAACUCUGGGUGGUCAUGGAGUAUAUGGAAGGUGGCGCAUUGACCGAUGUCAUCGAAAACAAUACGAUGGAGGAGGAUCAGAUCAGUAGCAUCUGUUUGGAGACUUGCAAAGGAUUGGGUCAUCUGCACAGCCAGAGCAUCAUUCAUCGUGAUAUCAAAUCUGAUAAUGUCCUGCUUGAUGCUCUUGGGCGCGUCAAAAUCACUGACUUUGGCUUUUGCGCGAAACUCACGGACCAAAAGUCUAAGCGGGCGACGAUGGUGGGAACGCCAUACUGGAUGGCACCUGAAGUGGUGAAGCAGAAAGAAUAUGGGGCCAAGGUCGAUAUCUGGUCACUCGGAAUUAUGGCCAUCGAGAUGAUCGAGAACGAGCCUCCUUACUUGGACGAGGAGCCACUGAAAGCGCUAUAUCUCAUCGCAACAAACGGAACACCGACUCUCAAGAAGCCAGAGGCACUCAGUCGCGAAUUGAAGAGUUUCCUUGCUGUCUGUCUCUGUGUUGAUGUCAGCAGUCGCGCAACCGCCAAGGAGUUGCUAGAACAUGAAUUCCUUCAGAAAGCUUGCGCCCUGGCGGGUUUGGCGCCUCUAUUACGGUUCAAGACGAAGCAGUCGUAGCGCAUUCACUCACAUUUUCAUGUACACCGGCUCUAUAUUUACCGAUUGUUUCGACCUUCGCUCUCGCUUUCUUUAUUGCCAGUCACUCUUCUUUGCCAUACAUUAUCUUUUCUGAAAAAACAGCCAAUGAGCGUCGCAUCUUUGCCAUGUUUCUCUUUUUCUCGUGCCAAGCAAGAGAAAAGCCGGUCGUGGCGGAGCGCUCCGUCGCUGUGACUCGAUCAAAUUCCAUCUCUUAUCUCACUGUCAGGUCUGCAUGUCCACAACCGUGGUCCUCGGCUCGCAGUGGGGCGACGAGGGCAAGGGUAAGCUCGCCGAUAUCCUUGCUGGCGAAGCAGACAUCUGCGCUCGCUGCGCGGGCGGUAACAAUGCGGGCCAUACCAUCGUCGUCCCCAUCAAUGGCGUUCGCACAACUUUCGCUUUCCACCUCUUGCCAAGUGGUCUUGUCAACCCAAGCUGCAUCGGACUCAUCGGAAACGGUGUCGUCGUCCAUGUGCCUUCGUUUUUCGCCGAACUCGAUGCACUCGAAGCUCAGGGUCUUGACUGUACUGGACGGCUCCUCAUAUCCGAUCGCGCUCAGCUCGUAUUCGAUUUCCAUCAGAUCGUCGACGGUUUGAAAGAGGUCGAACUUGGUGGAUCAAGCAUCGGAACGACUAAGAAGGGGAUCGGCCCAGCGUACUCUGGGAAGGCUUCCCGAUCCGGUCUGCGGGUUCAUCAUCUGUUCGAUCCCGAUACCUUUGCAGCGAAGUUCCGGAAGCUGGUGGAAGGUCGAUUCAAACGCUACGGACAUUUCGAGUAUGAUACUGAGGGAGAGAUCUUACGUUACCGGGAGUUGGCUCAGCGUUUGAAGCCAUAUGUGGUGGACAGCGUUGUGUAUCUACAUGAAGCCCUUGCCCAGAAGAAACGCGUCCUUAUUGAAGGCGCAAAUGCUGCCAUGCUGGAUCUGGACUUUGGGACCUAUCCAUUCGUCACGUCGUCGUCUACUACCGUCGGCGGUGUUUGCACAGGCCUUGGUAUCCCUCCUCGCAUGGUCGGAACGACGAUCGGUGUCGUCAAGGCAUACACCACCCGGGUCGGAGGCGGGCCCUUUCCUACGGAGCAGUUGAAUGAGGUGGGUGAGUUGCUACAAAACGUUGGCCGCGAAGUCGGUGUCACAACUGGCCGCCCUCGGCGAUGUGGCUGGCUCGAUCUGGUCGUACUCCGACACUCUUGCUUGAUCAACGGCUACGAUGUGCUGAACUUGACCAAACUCGAUGUGCUGGACUCCCUUUCCGAAAUCCGAAUCGCUGUCUCGUACAAGAAGGGCGGGUCUGCCCUCGCAGGCUUCCCAGCUGAUCUCGGUGUGCUGUCAGAGGUUCAAGUCGAAUAUCACACCUUGCCUGGCUGGCAAACAUCCAUCGCCGACACUCGCAAAUAUGAAGAUUUGCCUGCCAAUUGCCGGGCGUAUGUGCAGUUUAUCGAGCAGUUCCUCGAUGUUCCCGUCAAAUGGAUUGGGGUCGGUCCUGCCCGUGAUGCCAUGAUCGUCAAGGAAGUUGCGGUAAACUAAAUGUAAAUCGAGAGAAUAGAUUAUUCAUAUCCAUUAUCCG